UCCCGCCCAGCCCGCCCCGUCGAGGCGCACGCUCUCGCCCGCCGCCGGCUCCAUGGACGGCGGCGGCGCUUACCGCUGCCGCGCCAACCGGCACCUGGAGGGCGGCCAGUCGGCGCUGCCGGGCUCGCUGCUCUUCGCGGCCGGCCUGCUGGGCAACGUGCUGGCGCUGGGGAUCCUGUGGCAGCACCAGAUCCGCGCGCGGAUGCAGCGCGCCGGCGGCUGGGGGCGCCCAAGGGCGUCCGCCUUCUACCUCCUGGUGAGCGCCUUGGCCGCCACCGACCUGCUGGGCAAGUGCCUGCUCAGCCCCAUCGUUCUGGCCGCCUAUGCGCGCAACCUCAGCCUCAGCGAGCUCUGGCCGCCGCCAGCAACUGCCGUCGGGGAAGACGCAGCCGCCGGCGCUGGAGACGCGAGCCCCGGGAGCCUGUGCCAGCUCUUCGCCUUCCUGAUGGCUUUCUUCGGCCUGGCGCCCACCAUGCUGCUACUAGCCAUGGCCCUGGAGUGCUGCCUGUCGCUGGGCCACCCCUACUUCUACCGGCGCCACACCAGCCGGCGCCUGGGCGCGCUGCUAACCGUCGCGGCGGGCGCGCUGUGCUCUCUCUUCUGCGCCCUGCCGCUGCUGGGCUUUGGUGCCAUCGUGCAGUACUGCCCGGGCACCUGGUGCUUCAUCCGCAUGGCCGGCGGCGGGCGGGCCUACUCGGUGCUCUACGCCAGCCUCCUGGGCGCGCUGGGACUCGCCAUCGGGCUCUGCAACCUGGCCAGCAUGCGCAGCCUCUACCGCAUGGCGCGCCGGCAGCCCCCGCGAAGGAGCCAGCCGGCCGGAGCGCACGGAAGCGGCGGCAGCACCGGCGCCCCGUCGGCCGCGACUCCCGGGCCUCCCUGCGCCGGCCGCACAGAGGAGCUGGGCCAGCUGGUCUUGCUGGCUCUCAUGACCGCCCUCUUCACCGUCUGCUCCCUGCCCAUGAUCGUCCGUGCUUACGUCGGCGCGUUUGCCCCGGAUUUCGACGAGAAGGCGGACCUCACCGCCCUGCGCUUCUUCUCUGUGAACUCCAUCGUGGACCCCUGGGUCCUCAUUAUUUUCCGGACGUCCCUGUUCCGCAGUUGCCUCCGCCAGGUUUCGAGGAGGCUGAGCUCGAAAAGGGCCCCAGACUCUCAGCUGCUGGAAACUUGGGAGCAGAAAGGGUCCGAUCCUGUGCCGUGAGGCAUUUCUGCCUUCUGAGGAGCUGGUGCUGGAGGGGGUCCAGCUGGACUCCACCCCCCCCCCCAAUCCCGGCCCCAUAAAUCAUCCAUAGUCCAAGGAACAGGACGAAGUGCUUGCAAGCAAACAUUUUCCCUGGUCAGAAAGAAGCGGCUGGCUUGACCUGCAUGGUUAACCUUUGGAACUCAUGCCCACAGGAGACGGCGAUUGUCACCAGCCUGGGUGACUUUGAAAGAAGACUGGACAAAUUCGUGGAAGAGAGGGCUGGCAAUGGCUACGGGCUAGGCUCUGCCUCCACGGCAAUGCUUCUGAAUAACAGUUGCUGGAAAAUACAGGAAGGUCUUGUGUUCAAAUCCUGAUUGUGGGAUUCCCAUUGGGGCAUGUGGUUGUCCAGUGUAAGAACCAUAUGCUUGCUGGACUAGAUGAGCCACUGGCCUAAUCCAGCAGGCUCUCCUUAGGUUUUUAAUGUAGUGACCGCACCAUCAUUCAUGGUUUCUGCUCUUUUAAGAUAGGUGAAAAAUCCAAGAAGCAGUCACCAAAUUGGGGGGACGGGGGACGGGGGACAUUGCACUCCCAGUGUACUUGACCUGGGGAGAUUCCCCCCCCCAAAGCAUUUAGCGACUGGCUCAUGCCAAGCCUGCAAGCAAGCUGAUCAAAGGUACUAGACGGUUUGCGUACUGCCCGCGAGGAUUUCAGCCACUUGUGGGCAGGCCUGAAAAGUUAAAGAGAGAGGAGUCCGCUCUCUCCCAGCUUGCAAGGACUUUCCUGCCAGGUCGCCUGGAGGCCAUGGUUGCUCGCCAGUGGCGACCAGGCGAGUUGUCUGGCCUGAUAGGAGAAUCACAUAGCUACGUGGAUAUGUGGUGCUGCCACGAAAGGGCAACCCCCCCUCGUAUUUCUGCCCACAGGCCUGCGAGGCGACAGAAUCCGGAGUGACCACCUCGACCAUUCCCAGUAGAGCGGCUGUGAUUGGAGCAGUAUGUACAUUCCUAGUUACGCCCAUCUCGAAAUAGGAGACUGUAGAUCUGGGGAAGGGGCAGAAACAGGCAGGCAAAAUGACCAGGGAUAAAAAGAUACAUGUGACUUGCCUUUUCUUGAAGAGGAGGGACGGUGGAGUUGAUCUGCCCUCAACUAAAUCCUACUUUCUGUGUUUAAAUCAGGAAUCUCCACACACACACACACACACACACACACACACACACACACACACACACACACACCGCUUUAUACAUGAAUGGUGCAGAUGUCAUCAAGCCAAUGUUGGGUUUCAUCCAGCAAAUCAUUAGCUUGCAUGGCGGGGGGUUGGACUAGAUGACCCUGGGGUGUACCUUCCAGUUCUUAUUCUAUGAAUCAUAGAAUCAUAGAGUUGGAAGAGACCACAAGGGCCAUCCAGUCCAACCCCCUGCCAAGCAGGAAACACCAUCAAAGCAUUCUUGACAUAUGGCCGUCAAGCCUCUGCUUAAAGACCUCCAAAGAAGGAGACUCCACCACACUCCUUGGUAGCAAAUUCCACUGCCGAACAGCUCUUACUGUCAGGAAUGUUUAGGUGGAAUCUUCUUUCUUGAAGUUUGAAUCCUGAGCAUUGCUGGGGAAGCUACGGAAUGGUGAGCGUCAGUCAGGCCAGGACUGAGAAAGGACAACUGAAACGAUGAAAGGGCCUGGAGCCCUUGACGAAAAGGUUCGGAUAUGGAAUGCUGAGCAAGGGGUUGGAAAUAAGAACCUCCCGACUGCGUUGUGUUAUUCUGCAACAUUGGGGCGCAUCCAGCCGUGCGUCAUUUGAGGGGCGAGGCCUGCCUGGAGGGGCCCAUUGUUCCGUUCCCGCCAAGCUCAGAAGAAACCUGACGGUGUUUGCCGAUUGGUUGGUCCUUAUGGCAAUCACAGUCACACACCCUCCCAGGAGCAGUUUUUCACCUUGGGAAGACCGGUUGGUUUGCUUUAGCUGACCAAACAAAUGUUUAGUCUGAGACAUCUGCCAAGCGCCUGAUAUUUUUAUAACUUUUAUUUAUUUUCCAUUUAAUAAUAUACAUUCACAUCAUCAAUAGUAACCUUUAUAUCAUAGCGAUUUGUACGUUUUCCAAUUCUAAUUAGACUCAUUACAAAAUGACUCAAAAUUUAAAUAAAUAUAGAAAGGUAGAAAAUUUCUCAUUACAAGUCUCCAGACAACCCUGCUAUAGUGAUGUUAAUUGCUUGCAAUAGUCUUUCAGAUAUCAUAUAAAUUUACUCCAGUCGUUUUGGAAUACUUGAUCCUGCUGGUUUCGGAUUUUCCCUGUCAGCUUCGCCAGUUCUGCCAGCGUAUCUGAAGAAGUGUGCAUGCACACAAAAAUCUCACACCAAUGACAAACUUAGUUGGUCUCUACGGUGCUACUGGAAGGAUUUUUUAAAAAAUUUGUUUCAGUUCUGCAAAGUCCAUCAUCUUCAUCUGCCGCUCUUCUUUCGUUAGUAUUUGUUUCCAUUUUGGGCGCUAAAAGCAUUCUUGUUGCAUACAUAAAGAGCCUUUUAUCUUCCCUUGGUAUCUCUUCGCCCACUAUACCCAAUGAAAAGGCUUCUGGUUUUUUAACAAAAGUAUUUUUAAACAUUUCCUUUAACUCAUUAUAUACUGACCAUUAGGUCCAGUCGCGGACGACUCGGGUUGCAGCGCUCAUCUCACUUUACUGGCCGAGGGAGCCGGCAUACAGCUUCCGGGUCAUGUGGCCAGCAUGACUAAGCCGUUUCUGGCAAACCAGAGCACCGCACGGAAACGCCAUUUACCGUGUUUCCCCUUUUUUAAGACACCAUCUUAUACCUUUUUUUACUCAAAAAAAACACACGGUGUCUUAUUUUCAGGGGAUGUCUUGUGCCUUAAGGCCUCCUCGGAGGGGCCAGGCCGCUGGCUCGGGCUGCCAGUUCCAGGCACCGAGGCGGCAGGCCGCUGGCUCGGCGCUCUGCCCGGCACUGCUGGGCGCUCUGCA